GAAAGUCAAAUGAAAAGAAAUCAAAGAAAGUAGCCAAUGGUAUCAGCAAUCAACCUUCAAUUUUGUCAAUGUUUAAUAAAGGGCCUUUGAAACGAAAGUCGGUAGCCACCGAGCCCGCUCCAGAAACGAACAACGAAGCUGAUUCUGAACUGAAACGAAUACGGACUGAAGAUAAGGAUGUUGAGAAAGAAAAUGAUGAAAGAGUGUUGCGUCAGAAACCCGAGCCAGUUGAGGAGAUGUCGGCAGAGUUCUAAGCCGAUUGUGCCGUCGAAGUGUCAUGAAUGCAAGCAGUUGUUGGAUGAUCCUGAUCUCAGGCUUUUCCCUGGAGAUCCUGACGAAGCUGUUGAGGAAUUUAUUGCUUUGACUGAUCCAAAGCUACAGCUUUUCACUGGAGAGGAGGAGGAAAUUAAUUCAUGUGACGAAAGACCUCAACACAAAGUGACAAAUUUUAGUGUUUACGACAAGAAUACACACUUGUGUCCAUUUGAUACAGGUUUGAUUGAGAAGAAUGUGUACCUCUAUAUUAGUGGUAUCAUCAAACCCAUCUACGAGGAAAACCCAUCACCUGAAGGUGGGAUUCCUUGUCGUAGCAUGGGUCCAAUUAAUGAGUGGUGGACGGCUGGUUUUGAUGGUGGGGAGAACGCCUUGGUUGGAUUUAGCACCGCCUAUGCUGACUAUUUCUUAAUGGCUCCCAGUGAAGCUUACGCACCGUUCAUAGCUGUGGUGAAGGAAAAAAUACACAUGGCCAAAGUGUUGAUCGAAUUUCUGCAGAAUAAUCAAGAUGCAACUUAUGAAGAUCUGCUCAACAAGAUACAGACGACUGUUCCUCCUGCAGGGCUGACCAGUUUUUCUGAAGACUCACUCCUACGACAUGCUCAGUUUGUAGUGGAUCAGGUUCAGAGUUACGAUGAAGCUGCUGAUAGUGAUGAAUGUCUUCUUAUAACAACACCUUGUGUGCGAGCUCUCAUCAAACUUGCUGGAGUUACUCUAGGCAAGCGACGCGCUCUCCAAAAACAAAUGAAACAAGUGAAGGUAAAGAAACCAGCAUUUACACUGGCCACCACGACACCACUCGUGCGUGGGAUUUUUGACAGCAUGUUUCAAGACCAGAUCGGUGAAAAGGGCCAUGGUUCUGGGCGGAAGCGUCGCUGCGGAAUCUGUGAGAUUUGUCAACAGCCCGACUGUGGCAAGUGUACGUCGUGCAAGGACAUGGUCAAGUUUGGAGGCAGUGGGCGGUCCAAGCAGGCUUGUCAGGAACGAAGAUGUCCAAAUAUGGCAGUACGAGAGGCUGAAGAAGAUGAUGCGCUUGACGAUGAUGUUGACGUAGAUGCUGAGGAUAAGGAAUCACCACCGACUCCAUCUAAGAAACACAGGACUGUCGUCAGUAUAAAGAAUAAAAUAAAAUGGAAUGGAGCACCACUUAAGGAAACGGCUACAAGAACAUUCUACGGGGCUGUGAAUAUCAACAAUGAAAUUAUUGAAGUAGGAGACUUUGUGUCUGUGAAGCCAGAAGAUUCUACAUGCCCACUGUACGUGGCCAAGGUCUGCUACAUGUGGCAAAACGCAGAUGGACGGAAGAAAUACCAUGCACACUGGUUCAGUCGUGGUAGUGAGACUGUCCUUGGAGAGGCUGCUGACCCGCUUGAGUUAUUCAUGGUGGAUGAAUGCGAUGACACAGACUUUGAAGGAGUUAUUCAGAAAGUGAAGGUGAUUUUGAAAGAGACUCCUGCUGAUUGGUAUGAACGUGGAGGUGUGGACCUGCAUAAUGACACUGUGGUUAAAGAGGAUGACGGGAAGACAUAUUUCUAUCAGAAAUGGUAUGAUCCUAUUUUGGGUCGGUAUGAAGAUGUGCCGGAAGAUAUUGUUCCUGAAGAAAACGUGGAGCACAAAUAUUGUCUCAGUUGUCACAGACUUGAAGUCAUUAGAAAGAGAGACACAAUCGCAGUUGGUGAUGAGAUUGACCAGUCCAGCAAUGACACAAAGACUUACUACAUCAGUGUACGCAAAAAUGGUGAAGAGUAUAAGAUUGGGGAGUGUUGCUACAUUCUACCAGAGGCAUUUGACUUUGCCAUCAAGCAUGCUGCUGCCACAAACAAGAAGAAUAAAAAUGAUUCAAAGGUGGAUGAGGAAGUUUACCCCGAAGCCUACAGGAAGUCUGAUUACAUCAAGGGAUCAAAUGAAGCGUGUCCUGAACCAUUUCGUAUCGCUCGCAUUAAAGAAAUCUAUUGUCGAAAGGCUCACUCAUCAUCCAAGUUUGUCAAUCUUUCAGACAUCAGACUCAAAGUUAACAAAUUCUACAGGCCUGAGAACACACACAAGGGAAUUCAGGGUAGCUAUUUCUCGGACUUUAACAUGCUAUAUUGGACUGAGGAAGAGGCGAUAGUCGACUUGAGGUUGGUGGAGGGGAAAUGCAGUGUGGUGUAUGGGGAAAACAUAGCGGAAGAUCGAGAUGAAUACUUUCUCAAAGCACCUGACAGGUUCUACUUCAACGAGGAGUAUAUCAGCAAAUCAAGGACAUUUGAAGAACCUCCGUCAAAGGUUAAACUGAUGGGAACCAAAGGAAAGGGCAAAGGCAAGGGUAAAGGCAAAGGAAAAUCAUCUACUGUUGAAAACGAUCAAAUGAAUGAGACAGUUACUCCCAUUCAACGUCUUCGGACGCUAGAUGUGUUUGCUGGUUGUGGAGGAUUAUCCGAAGGUUUUCAUCAGGCUGGUGUGGCAGAAUCUCGCUGGGCUAUUGAGAAGGAAGAACCGGCAGCUCAGGCCUUCCGACUGAAUAAUCCGGGUUGUAUCGUAUUCACAGAAGACUGUAACAACCUUCUCAAGAGGGUCAUGGAUGGAGAAACAACAGACUCCCUGGGACAGAGGCUUCCUCAGAAGGGAGAAGUAGAACUGUUGUGUGGAGGGCCACCGUGUCAGGGCUUCAGUGGAAUGAACCGCUUUAACUCCAGAGAGUAUUCCAUGUUCAAGAAUUCUCUUAUUUCCUCGUACUUGAGCUACUGCGACUAUUACCGACCUCGGUUCUUCCUCCUGGAGAAUGUGAGAAAUUUUGUGUCUUUCAAGCGCAGCAUGGUGCUGAAGCUAACUCUUCGGUGUCUCGUCCAGAUGGGCUAUCAGUGUACAUUUGGUAUUCUGCAAGCGGGAAGUUACGGAGUUUCACAAACAAGGAGGAGAGCCAUCAUCCUAGCCGCGGCCCCGGGAGAGAAGUUACCCUUUUACCCCGAACCCCUGCACACGUUCUCACCAAGAGCCAUGCAGAUAACAGUGAUGGUGGAUGAGAAGAAGUUCAAUUCAAACAUCACACGCACAACGUCCACGCCAUUCCGCACCAUCACUGUGAGGGAUGCGAUGUCCGAUCUGCCAGAAAUCAGGAAUGGGGCCAAAAAAGAAGAAAUAUCGUACAAGGGAGAUGCUCAGACUCACUUUCAGCGGCUGAUCCGUGGCCAGCAGCACCAGCCCAUUCUGCGUGACCACAUCUGUAAAGAAAUGAGUUGCCUGGUUCACGCUCGCAUGCACCACAUCCCACUAGCUCCAGGAUCAGACUGGAGAGAUUUACCCAACAUUGAAGUCAGACUUUCGGACGGAACAAAGGCAAAGAAACUCCGUUACACUCACCAUGACAAACGGAAUGGUAAAAGUAAGAAAGGUUUCCUCCGUGGUGUGUGCUCGUGUGCAGAAGGCAAAUCGUGUGAUACGAUGGACCGACAAUUCAACACACUGGUCCCAUGGUGUCUGCCACACACAGGCAACCGCCAUAACAACUGGGCCGGACUCUACGGAAGACUGGAGUGGGAUGGUUUCUUCAGCACGACCGUCACCAACCCGGAACCAAUGGGAAAACAGGGCCGUGUUCUGCACCCAGAGCAGGACCGAGUGGUCAGUGUCAGGGAAUGUGCGCGGUCUCAAGGUUUCCCAGAUACGUACAGAUUCUUUGGAAAUAUCCUCGACAAGCAUAGACAGGUGGGAAAUGCUGUUCCUCCUCCAAUGGCCAGACAGAUUGGUCUGGAGAUCAAGAAGUGUUUAGUAUGGAAAACAAAUGAGACCAAGACUGAAACCAAAGUCAAAGAAGAAACGACGGUUGAUGUCAAACAAGAAAAUGGUGAAACUAACCACACUGCUGAAACCAUGGAGGAAGAGUUGAAACCACAGUCAUCGGCAGCAGUUGUCUCCCCUACCAAACCUGGCUCAUCUGGAUGCUGAUUUGUUUAUCCGAUUCACAUUUGGAUCAUGUUGACAAUUUCACUUGCGUACGUUUUUAAAGUGAUUCUUUGAUUACAAACAUUACAAUUUUCAUUGUAUAAUUGGAGCUAUAUUUGUGCUAUGAAAGUUGAGAAGUUUUUUUGUAACCAUUUUUAAGUAAUGUGUUGUAUAUAGGUUAGCCAUGUAAUCGGACAUGCAUAUUAGAGAUGAAAGACAUUUGUGUGUCAGAAUCAUCACAUAAAGCAGAUAAUAACUGUGCUUUUGUUAUUAGGUUUACUGGAAGACCAAUAUGUGGCCUUAUGUUAAUGGCAGAAGAAUAUUUAACACAAACAUUGUACAUAAUUGUUUUCGAAAACAACAUUGUCAAUCAAAAUCACUAAUAAUGUUAUUUAUUUAAUCUAAUGUGCAGGCCACAAAAUAAUUCAGCAGGUUUUAGCAAUCUGAACAAAUAUUUAAUGUGUAUAUAUAUAGGAAAAUAAAUCAUGCAAAUGUAAUGGCACCACCACCUUAAAUUGAAAUAUGUUGGUAUUAUUAGCAUUGGAAUCAUUUUUAGAAGUCCUACCACCAUAAAAACAAAUAUUUAACAUGUGUAUAUAUAUAUGAAAAUAAAUCAUUCAAAUUUAAUGGCACCACCACCUUAAAUUGAAAUAUGUUGGUAUUAUUAGCAUUGGAAUCAUUUUUAGAAGUCCUACCACCAUAAAAAACAAAUAUUUAACAUGUGUGUAUAUAUAUAUGAAAAUAAAUCAUUCAAAUUUAAUGGCACCACCACCUUAAAUUGAAAUAUGUUGGUAUUAUUAGCAUUGGAAUAAUUUUAAGAAGUCCUACCACCAUAAAAACAGUGAGUGCAUACUCAAUCUCACUACCUCAUGUACAAUAUUUGGAAAAGCCCUGACAAAAAUUAUCAUUAUUUAAUCAUUUCAUUUUUGACAAUGUAAACUUGUACAUAUUAUGUGAAUCACAAAUAUUUAAGUCAUUCAAGUUUGCAGAUCAUCUUCAUAAUCGAUUGCAUAUUUUUAGCUUCUUUUGUUGUUGUUUUUUGUAAAGAGUUGCAGUGUCCAUGCUGAAAUAUUUUCAUGGUAUUUAGAGAUAUUACACACAUUACAAGGCUUUUAACUAAUGGCCCUGAAUUAUGGCCAUCAGUCGAAGGGAUAAUUUGUGGUUUUAAUAUUUGUUGCAAAAGUUACUGGGUUAAAAUUGCUGUUGGGAGGCUUCAGUGGUACAGUGGUUAAGCCAUCGGUCUACAGGCUGGUAGGUACAGGGUUCGCAGCCCGGCAUCGGCUCCAACCCAGAGCGAGUUCUUGAGGGCUCAAUGGGUAGAGGUGUAAGACCACUACACC